AAACGCUUUGUCCUUUGAUAAUUUUUGCUGAUAACUAGUUGUGCAAUGCGUUGUGUGUAAAGCGAGCAGUGUCGUUUUCACCGUUAACAUGAAUUCUCGUUUCUACAUAUUUAUUCUUUUCUAUUUCGCGGGAUAUUUGUGUUACGGAUCUUUGAACAAUGAAGUACAAAGGAUCAUUAAUGGAUUAGACACCAAUAUUGAUUUAGUUCCUUAUAUGUUGUCGCUGAGGUUAAAUGAUGUACAUGUGUGCUGUGCUGCUAUAAUAAGUGAGAAAUGGGCUGUGACAGCAGGUCAUUGCAUGCAAAUAACUGACGAUCCUAUAAAAGAGAUUACCUUAUGUAGUGGAUCUUCCAUUCUUUAUGAGAAUUGUACCGUUCAUAACGUAAACAAUUUUUUCAUACAUGAAAACUUUGAUAACGAUAUCAAUGACUAUGACAUCGCUGUUAUACAAGUAACACCUGCAUUCAUAUAUAAUGAUCAUACGAAAGCGGUUGACUUGGCGUCAAACAAAAAUGUUCAUAGGAAAUGGGGUACAGUCUGCGGUUGGGGAUACUAUCUGAAAGUCCAAGGUGUUAUCGAUCCAGUUCUGGCGAAAACUCUACAGUGUAUAGUAGUACCACGAAUAAAUAAAUGGACAUGCCAAAAAGAUUAUAUAAACAGAUAUAUAGUGACAUCUCGAAUGACAUGUUAUGGAUUUCAGGAGGGGGGCAUAGAUGCUUGUCAAGGUGAUUCUGGAGGGCCAAUAGUGAAUACUAACAAUAUCCUCCUCGGCAUAACUUCAUGGGGAGAUGGUUGUGCUGAAAAGAAUUCGCCUGGUGUAUACACAGAUGCAAUAUUACUUCGGCAUUGGAUUAAAAGCAAAACUGGCAUAGAAACUUAAAAAAUUCACUAUUAUAAUAGGUAAUAUAUUUGGAAUCCUCACGCAGAGAAAAAGUUUAUUAUGAUCGCUC